AUGCCUCAGUCUCCUCCUAUUCCUUGUCUGUCAGCCGUUACUUCCACCAGGGAGGCAACAUUAUGUGAUGCUGGAGAUACGGACGCAGGGGGCUGUUUCUUUGCUUCUUCACAUGUCUCGCCAUCAAUAGUUUACUAUUACAAUGUUUUAGUGUUCAACUCUGUCAACAGUGUUUUAGUGUUCAACUCUGUCAACAAUGUUUUAGUUUUCAACUCUGUCAACAAUGUUUUAGUGUUCUACUCUGUCAACAAUGUUUUAGUGUUCAACUCUGUCAACAAUGUUUUAGUGUUCAACUCUGUCAACAAUGUUUUAGUUUUCAACUCUGUCAACAAUGUUUUAGUGUUCUACUCUGUCAACAAUGUUUUAGUGUUCUACUCUGUCAACAAUGUUUUAGUGUUCUACUCUGUCAACAAUGUUUUAGUGUUCAACUCUGUCAACAAUGUUUUAGUGUUCAACUCUGUCAACAAUGUUUUAGUGUUCAACUCUGUCAACAAUGUUUUAGUGUUCAACUCUGUCAACAAUGUUUUAGUGUUCAACUCUGUCAACAAUGUUUUAGUGUUCAACUCUGUCAACAAUGUUUUAGUGUUCAACUCUGUCAACAAUGUUUUAGUGUUCAACUCUGUCAACAAUGUUUUAGUGUUCAACUCUGUCAACAAUGUUUUAGUGUUCAACUCUGUCAACAAUGAUUUAGUGUUCAACUCUGUCAACAAUGUUUUAGUGUUCUACUCUGUCAACAAUGUUUUAGUGUUCAACUCUGUCAACAAUGAUUUAGUGUUCAACUCUGUCAACAAUGUUUUAGUGUUAAACUCUGCCAACAAUGUUUUAGUGUUCUACUCUGUCAACAAUGUUUUAGUGUUUAACUCUGCCAACAAUGUUUUAGUUUUCAACUCUGUCAACAAUGUUUUAGUUUUCAACUCUGCCAACAAUGUUUUAGUUUUCAACUCUGUCAACAAUGUUUUAGUUUUCAACUCUGUCAACAAUGUUUUAGUUUUCAACUCUGUCAACAAU